AAAUAACUCUUUUCAACACAUCUCUCCCCCUCUUCCUUCAGCCUUCAUUAAACCUUCAACUCACUCUUGUCUUUGCCUCCUCCUUCUCCUGCUUCCUUCUUCUACUAAUUAAGAUGGUGACACUGGAGAAGAGCCUCUCGACCUCCAUGAACGCAAAAAUAAUUGGAUCAGGGAAAGAGUCUCUGGUUUUAGCUCAUGGGUAUGGAGGAGAUCAAUCUGUUUGGGAGAAAGUACUUCCACAGUUGGCCCAACGUUACCGUGUGAUGGUCUUUGAUUGGAGCUUCUCUGGUGCUGUGAAAGAUCUGAGCCUAUUCGAUCAUGAUAAGUAUUCUUCGUUAGAGGCCUUCGCUGAUGACCUUAUUGUUCUAAUGGAAGAGAUGAAGUUGACCUCUUCUGUUCUUAUUGGCCACUCUAUGUCUGGUAUGGUCGGAUGCAUUGCCUCUGUUAAACGACCUGAUCUCUUUAAGAAACUCAUACUUCUUGGAGCUUCCCCCAGGUACUUGAAUACAGAAGAUUAUAAAGGAGGGUUUGAGAAAUCAGAGGUGGAGGAAUUGUUCUCAAACAUAGAGUCCAAUUUUCAUGCAUGGGCCCCAAACUUUGCUGGGCUUGGUGUGGGCCCAACCGACACAGUUUCUGUUGAAAAGUUUGGGAGACUCCUGGGUCAAAUGAGGCCAGAAGUGGCACUUUCACUGGCCAAAACCAUCUUCUGCUGUGACCAUAGAGACGUUCUUGAGAAGGUUGACGUCCCAUGCACCAUUGUUCAGACCACAAAUGACAUCGUCGUUCCACUCUCUGUUGUGUACUACAUGCAGAAGAAGAUAAAAGGGAAGACGACCGUGGAGAUCCUUGAAGCUGAUGGGCAUUUCCCACAGCUUACGGCCCAUCAGCUGCUCCUUGAUGUUCUUGAUAGGGUUCUAGGUGUUGAUUCUGAAGAAAAAAACCCAUAAAGAUUACAGAGGAAGAUAUAUCUAUCUAUCUAGAGAGAGAGAGAAAGGUGGUGGGAGGGAGAUUAGCUUAGGUUUAAUAAAGAAAAAAACCCAUAAAGAUUACAGACGAAGACAUAUCUAUCGAUCUAGAGAGAGAGAGAGAGAGAGAGAGAGAGAGAGAGAGAGAGUGGUGGGAGGGAGAUAACUCAGAUAAGCUUAGGUUUAAUGGUUUCAGUGUUGUUGUUUCUACCACACUAUCUAUUGUAUGAAGAUAAGGGAUUGAUAUAGAUCAAUAUAUAACUAUUUUCUAUUGUAUGUGUACAUGUAAAUAGUACUCGGAAUCUAUUUCUUCGUAAGACAGGCUCUUCCCUUGACUGUUAUCAAACGUUAAUCGAAACCCACAUUAUCCUCCUAUGCUGGGAGGUGCACCCACUCCCCAAUCGGGGUUGGAUCUAUAUAAGGGGACCGUUUGGAUGGGACUCUGACUUUGGACUCUGGGAUAGCAGUAAGAAUCUGGCUAGUUAAGCAUCAUUGUUGUAUGGUAUUGGUACUCAAUUAUUCAAUUAUUGAAUUAUUGUGAUGA